AGCGAGAGAGAGAAAAAAAAACAACAGAAACCUGUGCCCCGGGCGGCCAUGGAUCUGCGCUCGGAACUUCUCAAGUCCAUCUGGUACGCUUUCACGGCCCUGGACGUGGAGGAGAGCGGCAAGGUGUCCAAGUCGCAGCUCAAGGUCUUGUCCCACAACCUGUGCACAGUCCUGUGUAUCCCGCACGACCCAGUGGCCCUGGAGGACCACUUCAGGGAAGACGAUGACGGGCCUGUCUCCACCCAGGGGUAUAUGCCCUAUCUCACCAAAUACAUCCUGGACAAGGUGAAGGAGGGGUCCUUUGUGAAGGAGAACGUUGACGAGCUCUGCUGGACCCUCACUGCCAAAAAGAACUACUUCCCCCAGAAGAACGGCCGGGCCCUCCUGCCCCACAAAGAUGCCUUUCGCCUCUGGUGCCUCUUCAAUUUCCUGUCCGAGGACAAAUACCCCCUGGUCAUGGUUCCUGAGGAGGUGGAGUAUUUAUUGAAGAAAAUCUGCAUGGCCAUGAGUGCAGAACUGAACUGUGUUGAGCUGGAGGACUUCAUUUCCCAGGAGGCUGCACAUCAGAAUGGGAUCUCUGUGUGGGCUUUCCUAGACCUGAUGAAUUCAGGAAAGCUGACAAGAGGCACAGAGAAGGAAUCCCUUAGCAUGGCCAUUGAGAAGGUGUACAUGGAAAUAGUGGGGGAAGUACUAAAAGAGGGCUACCUGUGGAAGAAAGGUCAGCUCCGCAGGAACUGGACAGAGCGCUGGUUCACGCUCAAGCCCAGCACCCUGACCUACUUCGUCAGUGAGGACUGCAAAGAGCAGAAGGGCAGCAUUGUGCUGGACCAGAACUGCUGUGUGGAGGUGUUGCCAGAGAAAGAUGGGAAGAGGUGCAUGUUCUGUGUGAAAACACUCACCAGGACCUAUGAAAUGAGUGCUUCAGACACCAAGCAGAGACAAGAGUGGACCUCAGCCAUUCAGACGGCCAUCCGGCUGCAGGCGGAGGGGAAGACCUCCCUGCACACGGACCUGAAGCUGAGGCGCCGGGAGCAGAGGGAGCAGAGGGAGAAGAGGCGGGCCGCCCGGGAGGAGGAGCGCCAGCGGCUGCAGGCCCUGCAGGGGGAGAAGGAGGCCAAGCUGGCGGAGCUGGAGCUGCUGAGGGAGGCGCAGCGGCAGGCGGAGGCCCUGCUGGAGCAGGAGGAGCAGAGGCGGAAGCAGCAGCGAGAGCAGCUGCAGCAGGCGCUGGAGGUGCAGCUGCGGGAGGUGGAGGGGGCGCAGGCCAGCAUGCAGGCGGAGAUGGCCCUGAAGGAGGCGGAGGCCGAGCGGCAGCGCAAGAGGAUCCAGGAGCUGGAGGAGAUGCAGCAGCGGCUGGAGGAGGCCCUGCGCCUGGAGAUCAAAGCCAGGCAGGACGAGGAGGCCUUCCGCUACGCACAGGCCAGGUUGCUAGUGGAGGAAGAGGAGAGGAUGAAGGCCCUCAUGACCCUGCAGGAGGAGCAGGAGGAAUACAUCCUGAAGACCCAGAGGGAGAAGCAGGAGCUCCGGCAAGAGAUGGAGAACAAGACCCGGGCUCUUGAGGAGGCCCAGAGGCAGCUGGAGGAGGUCCGGGCCAAUCGCCACAGAGUGGACCAGGACGUGGUGGCCGCUCAGAGGAAGCUCCGCCAAGCCAGCACCAACGUCAAACACUGGAACGUCCAGAUGAACAGGCUGAUGCACCCAAUCAGGCCUGGAGAGAGGAAGGCACUUCCAGGCAGCUCCUCCUUCAUAGGCCUCCGAACACAGUCGCUGAAGGACACGGCGCUGCGACCGUGGCAGCGGUCGGAGGAGCACGACGAGGAGGCCAAGGAGAAUGUGGACAGUGGCAGCAGCGAGGCCGAGAGGCGCCUGUCCCAGGCGUCUAAUGGGGGCAUUGAUGUCCCGUGA